GUCGGCGCCGCCAGCUGUUGAGUUGAUCAGCUGUUCCGUGCGUGGUGCUGGAGGCUGACGUGUGGGAAUGCUAGGAUGAUCAGUGCUUUUCGAUUUACUUCACUCACUAGAUAUUUAUUGACAGGGAAAAGAAUGGCACUGUUCAGAGAAGGAAUUACCUCCGCUGAUUUGGCGCAGGAAACGAAAAACAUGUCCAUAGACAUUGGAGGAAUGCGUAAACCAUAUAAGGGCCAAAAUGAAGCAUUUCUUGAAGAGGAUCUGGUAGCUAAAGAACCUUUUGGCCAAUUCAAGGAAUGGUUUGAAGAGGCAUGCAACACUCCAGGAAUUAUUGAAGCAAAUGCCAUGUGUCUUGCUACAGCAACCAAAGAAGGAAAGCCAUCAGCUCGCAUGGUGCUGCUUAAAGGCUAUGGCAAGGAGGGGUUUCGCUUCUUUACCAACUACAACAGUAGAAAGGGACAGGAGCUGGGAGAAAAUCCAUAUGCAAGUAUAGUUUUCUAUUGGUCUUACAAUGGGGAGAAGAAAUCAUGGUCAAGGCAGGAUGAAAACCCUCAGGCUAGCCUUUGCUUUUACUGGGAGUCCCUCAUGAGAUCUGUGCGUGUUGAUGGUCGAGUGGAGAAAUUAGGGAACCAACAAUCCACAGAAUACUUCAACUCACGACCUCGCAGCAGCCAGAUAGGAGCUUGUGUCAGCCCUCAGAGUCAGGUUCACACACAUAUUCUCAGUGCCUGUUUGAGCUUGGUAAAGGGAGGCUGGGCUGCCUUGGUCUCCUGUCACACUCCUUAGGCAUGUGCCUAGUACCAAGCUACCACGCUGUUUCUGCCAUUUCUGAGAAUAGGAUGGCAGUCAAAAAGUUUCAAAGCAGCUUGCAGAUGCAAGAAAGAAAAUAAAACAAUAGAAAAGGACAGCAAAGGACCCAGUGGUCAUAGUCGAAGACAGAAGUGGUGCAAGUGUUCAGGGUUUACUCGGAAUGCAAAUGAAAGCUUCCAUUCAAAGAUUUGGGAGAGAUGUCAGAAGAUAUAGUUUGCUGGAGCAUCAAGGAUCAGAUUUGUUUCCCAAAUCACCAUCCUCAACUACAAUUUUGGAUACAACAAAGCAAAUUUCUUGCAGCAAAAUUACAUUUGAUUUUUUCCUGCUAUUAUGUAUCGACUUAUAGAUCUGAAAGUAAGCGUUUAUUACUUCACCAUAAGCAUACAUUUCACAUGAAUAUAAUCAGGAUCAUAUGCUAAUAAUUAAAGAUAUGGUGGAUGCUCCCCUUAAAAUCCAAUGAAAACAAAGUCAAAGAAGAAGCAAUGUCAAAAAGAAGCAGAACCCCAAGAAUAUCAAGGAAAAGAAGAAAGAGGUGACGUAUGUGACAAUGAAUAGCUUGGCAGCUAUGACACCCCUCCUUUGUGGGCCAGAGACAUGCCAGUCCUCGUCGACAGACCGACUUGGUCGGCUAGAUUUCGAUCGCCGAUAGAGUCGGUCUGUCGGCUCCCUGCUACGGGCCGCCUUUGGCAAAGGCCCGUGCUCCCUCUUGCAAGAGGGAGCAAUCUUCCCCCCCCCCCCUCCUUUGUGAGAUAAUAUCCCACCUUAAAUUGAGGCAGGGGGUGACCAGGAGCCUUGUAGACAGAAUAUUUUAUGCCUGGACAUCAAAAUAUAUGACUGAACAUGAAAAUAUAAAUUUUUAUAUAUCAUAGAUAAUAAAUAAAGGGAUCAGUGCCAAGGUAUCACUUCGCUAUGCUUGAAUAUUACGUAUUCAAAUCUAUAUCUGACCAUAUCUCAAAAUGUAAGUUAUGUACAUUUGUACUCUAAUUUUCUAUCAUUUUUCAACCAAUUUCAAUGAAACAAAUAGUAGGAUCAUGCUUAGACUUGUAAGAUUCGGUCGUUUACGAAGUGACUGAAUUAUGGUGGAUUUAUGUCUGAAUUUUUAUUUCAUUCCUAAGGGAGGUGAUGACUGAAAGUUUGAAAAUUUAUAUUCUGUAAGCUAAUGAUUUUCAGUAAAAUUUUCUUCUGUAACUUUGAUGGUAUAAACAAGUUACUUAUACCAUAAUAAUUUCAUACAUGAAGAGUAAUUAUUAUAGGAGAAAUACAGUAGAGCCCCAUUUAGCACGAGAAUUAUGUGGAUGAACGCGGUCGCGCUAAUUGAAUAAAGUAACCAAUAUGAAAAAAGUUAUUUGGGGCACACAAGGGUCUGACUUUUGGGUUUGAUAAUUACUCAAAAUACGCAGUCAUCAGUUAUCGAGCCGUGAUGGUGACUCUUGCGGCCCAAGGUGUCGGCAAGUGGGUGUGAUAAGAGUUUGGCCCCAGCAAAGGUUCGGCGGUCAGGGUGUGGGCGUGUGUGGGCGUCAUGCCCGCCAGGCCAACAUCGCACUCGUUAUCAUCGAGCGUGUUACGGUGAUGGUGGCCACUCAGUCAAUGGUGCCUCAUCUGCCCCGCUGCGGCAGGUAAUAGUGACGCCCCGCGGGGCCGACGCGGCGAAGCUCACGCCCGUGGCGACGCCCCGAGGAUGACGGCGGAGACGGCGGUGGGGCCGGGACACGGAGUGUGAGCCCCCAGCAGGAGGCGGCAGGUGAGGCGGGCAGCCUCCGAGGGGAGCCAGGGGGGGUAGGACGACGUUAGGGAGCAUGAGAGACUGGGACCGUGUGGGAAGUGGUGGCGGGGGGCUAUGUUGUGGUGUGAGGCAGGCCGCGCAUCAUGGUGGCUUGGCGCAAUUUUCAAAAUUCAGUCGUGGUAGCUGCUCGCGCUAACUGAGGCUUUCGCGCUAAUUAAUUUUUUUCUUGGUAGAUGGUGGCUCGCGCUAAUUGCGGUUCGCGCUAAUUGAUCUCACACUAAGUGGGGCUCUAUUGUAUUCUUAAAAAAUAAAAAAUCCAAAAAUAAUUUCAUUGGUAAAAAAUAGAAAGGUGAUGGACUUUUUUUUUGGGGGGGGGGGUGCUAAAACUUAUGUGUAUGGUGUCCCUUACUUCUGGUAUAAGAAUCAUGACAAUAACCCUUUAGAUAAAGGAAAUGGUAAAAAAAUGACCGACCCCCUUAUGCACUGUUAAGCUGUAGAUAGAUCUAGUGUUAUUAGGAUUAUAAUCUUAAGCUAUAAAAUAAAUAUACACCAUAGGGACCUUUUAAUGCUGAGAAUAGGUAGAGGGCAGCAUUGUGAUCUAUUCCUUAUUGAUGCUGAAAGAAUGGCACAAUAGCACUCUUUUGCUUCUCUAAAACACUGUGAGACAGAGUACCAUAAUCCCCCAUUCUGAUAAAUAUAUUUUUAUGAAACAUAACUGAAAACAUUGUUCUUUAUUGUUUCUUUAUUACCUGAAAAAAGGUCAUAAUAAGGAGAGCCUGGCAUUUCCAUCUGCUCACUAUUCUUUUAUCAAGCUGAUGCAAAAGGGAUUGAAGUCAGGCUUACAUACUUAGAUGUUACAACUGUGUUAGCAUUAUUUUAGGUAGUAGUACACUUUGAUAUAUUUUGGCACAUAAAAUCCCAGAUAGUCCAGGGUUCACUUCUGAAAUAGCUAUCAGUAACUAUUUUCUCAGUCAAGAACAAAGUGACUUUAAGAGAAUUCUCUACAAAUUUUCCAAAUAAAUGAUUAAAUGUAUCAUUGCCAUGUGUGCAGUGACUGCAAUAGUCAAAUGCCAGUAGCUUCAGAUGAAGUAAACAGUGCCUGAAGUGCCUGAACUCUUACCUGUCAACAUUUGUUGUAAUUUUAUUUACAUCAGAAAUAAAGCUGAGAGUCAAAACAAGUGCUUAAUGAAAAUGCAUGAGUAUAAUUCAAAUAUCCUUGGAAACCUGUAUAGCUACUUUUACAUCAGCUCGAUGAUAAGGCAGCAAAUUCUGCACUUUUCGCAAUCAAACAAACAAAACAAGACAUAAAAACAAAAGCGCACCUCAUAUCUUUCUUUGUUUACAAGUGCUGCUGCCCGUGCUGUCCCACCGCCACCACCACACCAUGCCGACACUUCAGUCAAUCAGACAAAACAAAAAGAAACAAACAACCGAUGAAAAUGUAAAUUAAACACAACGUAUGUGAGGGCACUGAGGAAAGCACUUGGUGCAUCUCAUACAUUUCUUUGUUUACCAGCACUACUGCCCUGUACACCUCACUGUCACUACCUAACCACGGCACCUCAUUGCCAGUCUAUUUUAAGUUUUUGAACGGCAUUAUGUCCGGUUUAUGUCAAAUAUAGUAUAUGUGCAUAUAAGUAUGUGAGCCUUCUUGGUGUCUUGUGGAGAGGAUGUGGCCAUUCAGCACUUGGCAAAGGAGGCAGCAUUGCAAAAAAUGUCAAUCAGUCAGGCAAGUGCAGCUCGUAUCCCAUUUUUUACCGUAAGAACAUGUACAGUCAUACCUUGGUUUAUGAGUUUAAUUUGUUACGGAAUUUUGCUCACACACCAAAACACUCAUAAACCAAAACGAAUUUCCCCAUUGAAAUUAAUGUGAAUCCCGUUAAUGCGUCCCAUAUCUCAAAAAAAAUAUUUAUAUAAAAAUCAUUUUACUUGUUAUUUUAUACAGAAUUAAAGUAAUUUUACCAACAAAUAGCAAUGAUAAAUAAUAUAAAAAACGAAUUAAUGUGUUACGGUUGUUAUGGAGACUCCCGCAACCGCUAACUACGCUCGAGGUGUAAGCUUCACACCGGGGUUUAUCAGCCGCAGUUUCCCUUUUCUCGAGGCACCAGAACUACGUUUGACCACCAACGUGAAGUUAACCUGACACAUCAUCCGAGAUGAAAGUUGAAUAGGAGUCAGUCAUGUCGAGGAGGGCAUACAAGCUGUCAAGGUUCGCACCCCAUUCCUAUUGCGAGCAUAGUAUUCGCCGUUCCUGUUUUCUUCUUUGCAGCACCAUCCUUUUUAACCAUCUUUCUGGGGGAUGUUGUUAAAGCACAAAGAACCCACACUGUAGUGCUGAAAACACAAAGAUAGCACACCAAAGCACAAAUGCAAUCAGACACGAGCGCACGAUUCCUGCCACCCUUUCCUUAAAAUACGGAUUGCCAUUUGUUCCGUAUUUGGCUGCCUGAAUGGUUAACCUGGCGGCUUCGGCGGACCCUUAUUGGGGCUCCCGCGAGUCAGUCUGCUGAAACGGCGGAUCCCGUUUCGGGCUUGGCUCAAAACUCCUAAUUCGAGCUAAUUGUAGGCGAUGGCGACAUAGAGCAACCCACCAUGCAUGCCCUGGGUCAUUGUGGUGGGUGAGUCAUCUUGAGGUGGGCUUAUUUAUCAUAGGUGGUGCUGCAAGGUAAUGGCAGACUGAAUUAGCUAUCCAUACAGUAAUCACUUAUCAAUUCUCUAAAGUAGACAACAAGCGACUCUCGGCUAGAUGCCACGUGUCACGAGACUGUUUAUUUUGUAACAAACAUCACCCAAAAAGAAUGGAGUUUGAGUAAAAGUAAAGAUUUUUAACGGCUUUAUGGUUAUGAGAGGAGUACUCUAAUAUACGUUUCAUGCUCUUUUCGGUCUCAAAAUGCAGUGUAAUGUUGACGUUUCUCGGCCACUUCUUGGCUUUCUCAUAGCCGAAGUCCACGGGUUAAGCAGAUAAAAUUCAGUAUUUUAAAACUGUAUUGAGUGCAUUUUUUGGUGAACCACAAAACCAGUCCCUAAAAUUAUGUUUGUCAAGGGUCGUCCUGAAAUACAGUACUGUCUCCAAGUUUGCGAUAAAUAGGUCAACGUUGCGGGUCGCAAACAUUGAAAUUGCAAACUUUGAACCAUUAUUCUUAUGGGGAAAAUUGAAAACCGUCGACAUCUCAUCUGAAAUGCCAGGCCGAAAGCUGGCGAUAGAGAGAGCUGGAGCCCCCGCGCCCACGCAGCCUAGUGCGUUCCACGGAAGAGCCGGAGACACGCCAGUCUGAGCUCUCGGCACAAGUGGUGAGAGGGCUUGACCGCCACUGCAAAAUGCAAGCCACAGCACACCAGGCCGUUGGCGCCACACCACAUGAGCGUGUCCCGCCUGUGACCGGAGCUGCUUGAACCCUGCCGUGGAUCCCUGCCGCUGCCCCACCGCACCGCCUUUAGCGCGGAUGGCAGAUGGGGACCGGGAGUGAACGGAGAGCGCCACACCAGGGCUUUGAGGGCCCAAACGAUGUGGGAUGGAGGAUGAGAGAUGUAUAAAGGAUAGCUCGCUAAGCAUUUGUUUUUCCCACAAUGCACCGCGCUUGUGACGUCACAUGUAAACAGAGACGUCACUGGAGACCCACAUGUGUGGCCACGGCGCCACUGGAUUGAAGUUUCAGAGAAUACCACACUUCAUGAUAUGAUGUGUAAAUCCUUUAGUAAAACCAAGAUUCAAAUGAGACUCUUGCUGGAGAGGGUCUCCAGAGCACGUCACUGCCAUGACAGUAUAGAACACGAGACGUCAUGGCUGAGUUGAUGAUGUUUCACUGAACCAUCCUUAGUUGGGUGGGACCGCAAGGGUGAGGUGAACAGUGGCAGUGGGCGGCAGAAUACAGUGUUGUGGUGAUGACGCCGCAGUGCGCCCUGAUGUCACGACCCCCUCCACCCCGUUAACUAGAGCGGAAACCACCACUUUCUCACGCUCGCCACCCGCAAAGUUUGGGUCAUAUCGCAAUUUCAGUUUUCAAUAAAAAUUGAGUUUUUUGGGUCCCCAUUGCAAAUUCGGUGAAUCGCAAACUUGAAGCUCACAAUCCUGGAGACAGUACUGUACAUGUAAAAUAUGCGUUGUAACGUCCCUCCCCCCUUUCUCCUGCCUGCACCAGCAGCGGGCAGUUGCUGUCAGUCAUGGCAGGCUAGAGAAAUUUUAGGGAUGCCACCCGUUCCUUAUAAUAUGGAUUCGUUCUGUAUUGGAGAAUGUGAUGUUGCGUUCCUUAUUUUUUUUAGCUCAAGAGGGCAACCCUAACUGAGACUCUAUUCCCAUUGUUUUCCACUUUGAGCACUCAAGUCUUGCGGCGAACUAAGGGGACCCACGCUCACGUCUUUGACUUGUACAAAGAGACAUGCCAUUCCUCAUCGAAAGACCGACUUCGUCGUCUAGGCUGACGUCAGCCAAUAGAGCCGAUCUACUGACAUCCUCCCCUCCCUUUCAUGAACCGUCAUUCAGCAAGGGCCUGUGGUCCCUCUUUUGAGGGACAUACGCGCUUGACCCUGGCGGCCUCCACAUAGCCCGUAUACCCACCCUUGAUGUGGCGACAAAUUAAAAAAAAAAAAAAUUGUACAAAUAGGUUGCUCGUAUACUAAGUCAUCACUUGUAAACCAAGGCAUUUUAUGAAAAUUUUGUUUGCUUGUAAAUAAAAACACUCAUAAACUAAGGCAUUCGUAAACCAAGGUAUGACUGUAUUUCUACUACGCAAAUUCCUACUACACGACGUAGUGUGUCGCCCCUAUAAUCGCGUAGUAGGCGUGCCUACUGUAUUAUGCUGUUCCAUCAGAUAAAGACAAUGUAUAGUGGUACCCUCUACCUACACACAAGUUUUGAAAGUCCCUCAUUUGUAUUUUAUAGUUGUUGUUAAAGAGUUUCUCCCUCCUAAAAGGGUGUAGCACGGGCCUUUGCCAGUGGCGGCCCAUAGUAGGUUGCCGACAGACUGACUUUAUCGGCUGGCGUCAGCCAAGCCGAUGAAGUCGGUCUGUCGACGAAGACUGGCGUGUCUACUAAUAUAGUUAUUUUCUUGUUAAAUGUAUGGAAAAGUUUAAAGAAGAAUUGCAUAAAUAAGCAUAUUAUUAUACUAUCAUAAUUAUGUCCUUCACUUGAGCUUCAAGGUUGAUGUGUAGAUUAACCAGAUGUGGGAAAAAAAAAAUUUCAGUUCAUAAAAUGAAAGGCU